GCAAAGGGGAGUUUCCAAAGUCAUCAAGUCCAUCCAACUUUGCCAUUUUCGGCCAGAGACCACUGAAAAUGACUCCCAAGAAGACUGCCGCUCCCUUCCUAUGGUUCUCUUUUUGCUUUGGGAAUGUUCUUGAGGCAGUGGUGCUGGGAUCGGUUCAGUACCCCGAUAACGGGCUCCACUCACAUCUGGAUGCGCGCGGUCCUGCAGAAGCCAGCGCGAACUCACGGAACGGCUCCACAUCUGUUCAUGUUCCAUCUUACAUGAUCUCUCUGUACAGGACUCUAUCGGAACUGGACCGACGCGCAAGCAACGGCAGCCAGACGCGCUCCAGGAGAUAUGCCAAUACAGUGACCAGCUUCAUGGACCUGGGACCAGAGGAGCCUUCCCUAAAGUUCCACCAGCAGUACACAUUCGACGUGUCUGGUCUCUCACGACUAGAUGAACUGAUGGAGGUGGAGCUGCGGGUACCGAGGAGGCCAUCGCCUGAUGUUUUCAGUUUACUCUCCAGCGGUGGAAACCUGUACCGAAUACUCCUUCACACCUGCUCCCUCCCGGGAUCCUCUAACCAACCUCUGCUCCUCACCUCCAGGACCAUUGAUCUUCUAGAUACCGCUUCGGCCACUUGGGAUGUGUUUGAUGUUGGUGCAAGUGUGAAGACCCACCUCAAGUUGUUCAGGACCGUGGAAGGCAGCAGGCCAUUGUGCUUCAGUAUAUCAGCCAUUUCUGAUUCAAAUAAUGAGGUUGUGCAUCCCGGCAUGCUGGGUCUGAGCCACGAGGAUCAGCAGACCCAUGAAAGGGCUUUACUGGUGACCUUUACUCGAGCUCGGAAGAAGGAGAACCUCUUUAGGGAGAUCCGUGAGAAGAUAAAGGCCAUUAAAAGUGAUACAUUUCCUAAUCCUGCUCCGGAGCAUGGUAUUAAAGGUCACCCAAGACAUCGGCGGAGGAGGCGGACUGCACUAGCAGGUCGUUCUGGUUUAGGACCCGUUACAGGGAGUGCCGGUGGAGGAAAGGGUGGCGGCAGGCGGAGAACACGUUGCAGCCGGAAGCCGCUUCAUGUGAACUUUAAAGAAUUGGGUUGGGACGACUGGAUUAUUGCACCACUAGAUUACGAAGCUUAUCACUGUGAGGGUUUGUGUGACUUCCCUUUACGGUCACACCUGGAACCGACCAACCAUGCCAUCAUCCAGACUCUCAUGAACUCCAUGGACCCAGAGUCCACCCCUCCCAGUUGUUGCGUUCCUACUAAGCUCAGUCCCAUCAGCAUCCUGUACAUUGACUCUGGGAAUAACGUAGUUUAUAAACAGUACGAGGACAUGGUGGUGGAGAGUUGUGGGUGCAGGUAGCAAUGUGAGUGAGGGGUGACCUACCCCUGGACAUUAUCCGAAAGCUGCUGCUGCUGCCUCACACGCAGAGGCCAAGUGCAGCAUUGUGGGCAAGCUGAAGUAGUCAGAGCUGGUGAGAUGGACAGUGUGUAAGUGUGUGACAGUGAGCAUGUGUGUAUGUUCAAACGGAGAUAAGACAUUGAGUUGUGUUUUAGAAGUGAGCGGAGGACAUGUGUGCCGAACAGCUCCAAAUUCCCUUACAAAACCAAAUAAACAACUCCUCAACAGAAAAAGAGUGAAAACGUAGGCU